GUCACAAUGAUUUAUGGGCAAACAUUAAAGGCAGUUUACUUUUCUCUGGGAAAAUCAAAUACCAUCUACAAUUCUUCAAUUGCAUACCUCCAUCCUACUCUCUCUCAGAAACACAGUUCGACUUAAUCCCGAACAACAAGAUAUCUAAAUAACAUGACUUCCAUUGGACAAAAGGUAACUACCGACCCUGCGUCGAAAGUUCCCAUCAACGAGGCGGUCGGUGUCGUAACAUCCGACUCUUUGGCAGGCGAGUCCCUUAAGAAUCAUGGUCACUUUGGUGAAAGCAACCCCAAGGCAGGAGUAUUAGACCAGCCUUCUUCAUCAACAACCACAAACACGACCGACACCUCAAACGCUGUCAAGCUCAGCGCCGCCGUUAAUUCUGAAGCGCGAGAUGCUCAGGAAGGAUGGAACGAAGAGAAGACCAUAAGCUCAGGCAAGGGUCUAGGCGGCACUUCGGGUAGCGCUGGAGGAUCAUCAAGCACUACGGGUACAGCACCCGUUGCUCUCUCUGGUACAUAUGUCGAGCCAGGCGUACUUAAGCCUAAGGGUGCCAAUUUGACAGAGGACCCUGAACUACACGGAGACCGCAAGUUUGGCGAAAUUGGUACAAUCAACGAUCCCGCUAGGGAAGCAGAGCGCAAACUGCAGGGUGUAAAUGCUGCAAACGCCGGUGUUACUGGCAAGACAACCGACAUGGCACAGGAUGGUGACAGCAAGUUUAGCAACCUUGGAGACACUACUGCUUAAACUUGAUCAAUGAAGGCAUGAUGUGGGAGUAUGUAUGAUAUUUAUCAAGGCAGCAUUAAGGCAAUGAACAAACAUAAUGAACUCUGAGAGAUGCAAAUAAUAAUGA